AUUCAUCUCUCUUCCGGACUCAUUCCCUCUCGGUUGUGUGCAGACAGCGAGCGUCCAUUACAAUUAAAUGCAUCCGGACAAUUCUGCAACAGUCCCGCCAUUGACCUACUUCCGGUCAGCGCUGAGUGAGUCCACACGGCCCCUCGUCUCCUCUGAAGGUUAGAGUGAUUUUCAGCUGGUCUGCUAACCGCCAAAGAAGUCCAGAGAAGAAGAAGAAGAAGCUCAGUGCUGAGACCAGACACUUGUGGAGAGGAACGCCGUCCAUCAUUGAAUCUGACUUCAGGGCAGCUGUCUGAGGAAGAAAGAUGACUCCCCCUCUCAAGAAACGGAGGGGCACGCCUCGUAGUCAUGACUGUCAGCAGUGUGGUAAAGAGUUCUCUUCUUCAUCACAUUUAAAGAGGCAUAUGCGAGUUCACACUGGAGAGAAACCAUACAGCUGUGAUCAGUGUGGUAUGGCCUUCUCUCGAGUAAGUAAUCUAAGGAUCCAUCAGCGUCGCCACACUGGAGAAAAGCCGUUCACUUGUGAUCAGUGUGGGAAAGCUUUCUCAGUGUUAGAGAAACUCAGGUUACACCGCCACAUUCAUACUGGAGAGAAACUGUACAGCUGUGACAUGUGUGGGAAAAAAUUUGCUCGAAAGGACAAGUUAAAGAUCCAUCAGCGUAUUCACACAGGAGAGAAACCAUACAGCUGUGAGAUCUGUGGGAAAGCAUUCACACAGUCAUCUGCAUUGAAGAAUCAUAUACGCAUUCACACUGGAGAGAAACCAUACAAAUGUGAGGACUGUGGUAAAAGUUUCAGUUGGUUGGAUACCUUCAAGACUCACAGAAACAUCCACACCAGAGAAUUACUCUACCCUUGUCAGGAUUGUGGGAAAGUCUAUACUAGUCAAAGUGCUUUAAAGCAUCAUGAGCGUAUUCACACUGGAGAGAAACCAUACAAGUGCAGAUACUGUGAAAAGAAAUUCACAGCAAUAGGAUCACGUAUAAACCAUGAGCGCACCCACACUGGAGAGAAACCAUACAGCUGUGAGCAAUGUGGUAUGGCCUUCACUCGAGUAAGUAAUCUAAGGAUCCAUCAGCGUCGCCACACUGGAGAAAAGCCAUUCAGUUGUGACCAAUGUGGGAAAACCUUCAGGCAUAAAAGCAACUUAACAGUCCACCAGCAGAUCCACACUGGAGAGAAACCACACAAAUGUAGACACUGUGAGAAAGCCUUCAGAAGUCAAUGGGAAUGCAUCAGACAUGAACGCGUCCACACCGGUCUGAAACCAUACGUCUGUGGGGAGUGUGGGAAGAGUUUUGAUUGGUCAUCUUCACUUGGCAGACAUGAACUCACCCAUGUUGGAGUCAGAGAGUACCAGUGUGAGCGCUGUGACAAAAGGUUUGCUUCAGCUCACAGUCUUGAGGAGCAUCUGCGUAUCCACACCGGACACAGGCCGUACUGGUGUGUUGGUUGUGAGAAAAGCUUCACAAGAUCUGGACUGAAAACACACAAAUGUGUCAAAAAAGAGAGCUAGGGGGCGCUUGUGAGCAGUGACAUGUAAAGACGUGGGUUUACGAGCGCUGCAUGGAUAAAAAUUUAAGUAUUGUUUUUUGCUCUCAGUCUAAAAGUCAAAAAAGGACAUACUACAACAUGUUUGUAGUUGUAUAAUUCAAAAAAUAGAUGUCUCCUCAACAUCCGGUGAGUUAAAUUUCCCUGAAAUGCCAAAACAUUCGAAGGCCAAAGCAGGCCC